CGCGUGGAGGGGGAGGGUGGUGGUUUAUUCCCCCCUUCUUUUUCUCUUUGCCAAGCGGCCAGGAGGCCACAUUAAUUACUAUUUCUGCUCCCAUACUCUCCCCCCGUUAUUAUUAUGAGUGUUAUUCUAUUCUCCUCCCGCGCUCCUGCCGAUCGCCCUGCAGCGAGAACUUAGAGGGGGCAAGCGCGCAUUGACACUCGGACAAGCGGCGAGGGGAGCGAGGGAAAGUCAGUCCUACCGCUCGGCUGCGAAGGAGUCCCGCCCGGCUUGGCUGCCUCUGGAAACCGGCUUAGUUGCGAAGCCAGCAUUUCUAUGGAUUAGCGGAGAGCUCUCCUCGGAUCCUGAAUUCGAAGUCCAGGAUUCCCGAAGGUGCCUCGGCAGCAGCCUGCUAACAUUUGGCCAGAGGAGGAGAGCGGGAUGGCCGUGGGACGCCGUGACCAGGACAGCUGGUGAGAAAUGCCAGUUUGGGGCCGAUAAGAUUUCUCCUUGGCUCCUUCAUUUCCCCGCUUCUGCCUCCCAGAGUUAGGAGCAAGGGCUUCAGGGAUCCUACCGCGAGCAGCGGAGUGAGGGAUCUUUCUGGGUACCGUCUGAACGGGCAGCAUUUGCCCCUGCCCUGCCUCCAUUCAGAAAGAUUUCCUAAGAAUUCUGCCUGGAUUUUAGAACCACAGAAAUCCCUACAAUGCCGCUGGUUGGCUUUUUGCUCUGGGCCACCCUGCUAAUCGUGGGCUGGUGGCCAUCCUACUCCAAGGAUUACCUCUUUGCUACUCCAAGGGUGCAGCUCACUUUCAAAGAGCUCAAGGUGACGGGCACGGCCCAUUUCUUCAAUUUCCUUCUCAACUCAACAGAUUAUCGCAUCCUGCUGAAGGAUGAAGAUCACGACCGCAUGUAUGUGGGGAGCAAAGACUACAUCCUCUCACUGGAUCUUCAUGAUAUCAAUCGGGAGCCCCUCAUUAUCCACUGGCCUGCAUCCCAGCAAAGGAUAGAUGAAUGUGUUCUCUCAGGGAAGAACAGUAAUGGAGAGUGUGGGAACUUUAUCCGUCUUAUCCAGCCCUGGAAUCGAACCCACUUGUAUGUUUGUGGCACUGGAGCAUACAAUCCUAUCUGCACCUUUGUCAAUCGUGGCCGUAAAGCACAGGCUUUUGAGCUGAACCAGUCCAUCCAGCAGGGAGGACGGGGAAGUAGAGCAGUUGACUCCUCCCUCCGCCCGUCUCCAGUGGAACGCAAGGACUACAUAUUCUAUCUGGAACCAGAGAGGCUGGAAUCAGGGAAGGGAAAGUGCUCAUAUGACCCAAAGGUGGACACUGUAUCAGCAUUAAUCAACGAAGAGCUCUAUGCUGGUGUCUACAUUGACUUCAUGGGCACUGAUGCAGCCAUCUUCCGUACCAUGGGCAAGCAGACAGCCAUGCGGACUGACCAGUACAACUCCCGCUGGCUAAAUGAUCCAGCAUUUGUACAUGCACAGCUCAUCCCAGACAGUGCUGAGAGGAACGACGACAAGCUCUACUUCUUCUUCCGAGAGAAAUCGGCUGAUUCUCCCCAGAGCCCAGUUGUCUACUCCCGCAUCGGUCGCAUUUGCCUGAACGACGAUGGAGGCCACUGCUGCCUGGUGAACAAAUGGAGCACGUUCCUGAAAGCCCGACUCAUCUGCUCUGUGCCCGGGCCGGAUGGGAUUGAAACACACUUCGAUGAACUCCAGGACGUCUUCAUCCAGCAGACUCAGGAUGUGAAGAACCCCAUCAUUUAUGCUGUUUUUGCUGCCUCUGGGUCAGUGUUUAAGGGCUCUGCUGUCUGUGUCUACUCCAUGGCCGACAUCCGCAUGGUCUUCAAUGGGCCUUUUGCUCACAAGGAGGGACCCAACUACCAGUGGAUGCCUUACACAGGCAAGAUGCCUUAUCCCCGUCCAGGCACAUGCCCAGGAGGAACAUUCACACCCUCAAUGAAAUCAACCAAGGACUACCCUGAUGAGGUCAUCAACUUCAUGCGCACUCACCCCAUGAUGUACAAUGGAGUGUACCCCAUCCAUCGCCAGCCGCUAGUGGUGAGGACCAACGUCAACUACAAGUUCACAACUAUUGCCGUGGACCAGGUGGAUGCAGCUGACGGGCGCUAUGAGGUGCUUUUCCUGGGCACAGAUCGUGGCACUGUCCAGAAGGUUAUUGUCCUGCCCAAAGAUGAUACGGAGACAGAAGAACUGAUGCUAGAAGAGGUGGAGGUAUUCAAGGUUCCAGCUCCCAUCAAAACCAUGACCAUCUCUUCCAAACGGCAACAGCUCUAUGUUUCCUCUGCCAUUGGGCUAACACACCUGGCCCUUCACCGCUGCGACGUGUAUGGGGAAGCCUGUGCUGACUGCUGCCUAGCCAGGGACCCCUAUUGUGCCUGGGAUGGCAAGUCCUGUUCCCGCUACUCCGCAUCCUCCAAGAGGCGGAGCAGACGUCAGGAUGUCCGGCACGGCAACCCCAUCCGUCAGUGCAGGGGCUACAACUCCAAUGCCAGCAGGAACACAGUGGAGGCUGUCCAAUAUGGAGUGGAGGGAAGCACAGCCUUUCUGGAGUGCCAGCCACGCUCCCCUCAGGCCACCAUCAAGUGGCUGCUUCAGAAGGACAACAGUGACCGAAGGAAAGAGCUCCGCACGGAAGGACGGGUGCUGCGGACAGAGCAGGGCCUGCUGCUGCGGUCCUUGCAGCUCUCCGACGGGGGCCUGUAUUCCUGCACAGCCACUGAGAACAACUUCAAGCACACCGUCACCAAAGUGCAGCUGCACGUGCUGAGCAGGGAGACCGUCCACGCGGUGCUGUUCCAGGCAGAGACCCCCGUCCCCUCGGUGGCGGCCAUGCGAGCCAGCCUGCCCAGCACCCUCAGCUCCCACUACCAGGACUUGGUGCAGCUGCUCGCCCAGCCGGAGAUGGGACUCAUCAACCAGUACUGCCAGGGCUACUGGCGGCACGUCGCCUCCAGCCACAAGGAGACCCUGGCCGGCCUCCAGGCCAAGGAGCUGCAUGACCAAAAGAAGCCUCGAAACCGCCGGAACCACCAGCCAGAGAUGGACCCGCAGACAUGAAACUGGCAGCUAAGACGGACUCUGCAGUGACACUGCUAUAUCCCCCUCCCCAUUUUAAUAUUAAAAUAUCUAUAAAUAUAUAUAUAAAUACAUACACACACACACACACACAGAAACAUGCCCCACUCCCCCUCAAGACAGUAUUUAUUUGUAGGUUGUACAUAGUCUGUGGGUGAUGCGAUCUCCCCUUGGUGCGAGACGGCGAGGAGCGUAGAGGCGUCCCGCUGACGGCUUCCUCUGCCUUCCCCCUUUUCUCUGUGGUACUGUAAAAUAGCUGAGAUAUCAGAGGGGUGGGGAAGGAGGGCAGGAGUCCUCUCUCUCUCUCUGUCUCUCUCCGUGACACCUCAAAGCACACAGCUGCCCCCAGCAGGCAAGGGGAGGCACAGAGAAGCCUGAAGGUGGGGUCUGCAAGGAAAGUCUUUGUACCGCUGACUUCGCAUUGGGGCCCUCUUGCGUGGCGUCCACAGAUCCAGGAGGGUGGAGCUGGGACCUUCACGGCAGAGUCUGCAUGAGCAAGCUGGAGCCUCCAGAGUGACCUGUGCUGAAAACACUCCUGCUGCCGCCAGACGCUGCGCAUCCUUGCCCUCGGCCAGCAUGCCCAGUGGUGUAUAUAAGCCCCUACCGCAUCUGCAAGGACUUCAGCACUUUCUUCCCCCUCUAUACAUUUAUCCGGCAGGAUUCUCUCCGGAGUUACAUAGCACAGAGGUGGCAGCUCUUAGGAGCCUGAAGCAUUUAAGGGAGAAGGAAGGGCUUCAUCAAGGACAUCCACGCCUGGGCCUAUGCGUGCUCCCAUUGUUAUGAGCAGCAAAUCAAGCCCACCAUUAGGAGCCAAGGAACAGUUUUAUGCUUGUGAUUCAGCCAGUGCUAUUUGGCUGGUGAUCUGCAAGAAACAAAGUCAGUGCAAGUUGUGAUUUAAAGGUAGUAGCAAUAGACUUUUGGCAAUAGAUGCAACCAAAAGAGCGGGUGAGAAGAUGGAUGUAGCUAUGAUUGUAGGUAUCUGGCUCUGCUGAGCUAGCUUACGUGAUGGAAGGGAGGGCCUCAUCCAUGUGGGUUAUGCUGGGGAGAAGUAAUGUAUAUAUGAACCAAAGCUACUCUCCCGUAAUGCAUGUGUCAGACACUUCCAAGGCCAAAGACAGCAUGGGAGUAGAAAUGGCAGAGUGGGUUAGGCAUCAGCGGAUAGCCAUCAAAUUACCUGACUUCUGCUCUACUAGCCAAUGAUUGGAGGAAUCCACAUCCCAGCUACCCUAGCUACUUAUUUAUUGUAAUUUAGGAGUCAAAAUCCUCAGUCUGGUAGCACAAGUUUCUCCCACAACAGAAUACAAGCCCAGGAGAUGUGUGGGAUACUCUAUAAUUAAGUGUCUGAACAUUCCCAUAUGGAUUCUUCUUGUGUUCUCAUUACAAAUCAGUCCAUGUCAGCUACCUUGGGUGCAGGGCUUGUAAGAAACAUUUCCUUCCAGAGGGGCACAGCAUGAUGAGCUUGUCUUCCUGCUUAAUUGGUAGGUGAGUUUCCAGAGACCUCAGGCUAAAAACCAUUCACAGCAUGAACUAUCCCUUAUGACAAGAACUGUUAUCCACACAUACACAUGCCAGCCAGAGAAAACGGGUGGUGAGGAGGACAGCACUAGCACCAAAAAAAAGUCAUUCAUGCAGCCAAAUGGAUAAGGAUUAUGGAUCUGAUUGAGUAAGUGGGAAUUUGGCCAAAAAUCAUUCAUAUAGGGUAGGAAACUUGUGGCCCUUCAGAUGUUUUGGCCUACAACUCCCAUCAGCCUUAGCCAGCAAUAACCAAUGCUGAGAGAUGAUGGGCCUUGUAAGACAAAACAUUUGAGAGUCCCAAGUCUCCCACCACUGAUUUAAGGAGUCAUCUCAAAUGCAAAACUGUAGAGGUAGAAGAUACAUUUCAUGUCAUGAAGGGGCCGCUUUGAAGAAAUGCAGCCCACAGGAGAUGUUGCAAGGAGCUGGCCAUGUGGGGUGGGGGGAGAGGCUCUAAUUCAGCAUAUAGGCUUCCUCUAGGAAAACGUGAAUGUUACUUGAUCUACAGAUCCAAAAUAUAUUAGCAGGAUUUCAUCUGAGCCGGGCUUGCUCUGCCCCUAGCACUGUUUUGAAUGCUGGAAAAUGGAGUUGAGAGAACAAGUGCAUGUUCCUCAUGAUGGUGGAAUCAUGCCCAGCAUUAGGGAGGCGGGCUGCUAGGUUGAAGGUUGCUGAGCCCAAAUGGGCCCAGACCCCUCUCAUUCAGAAAUGAGGCAUUGCAUAUCCCACACUUUUUAGCAGUGGGGCUGGUUACCUUGUCCCUAAGACUCCCCCUUCAGACUGGUUUCGUUGCUCUGGACAUGACUUCUAUGUUCCGUACCUCCAAAGAGGACUUAAGGGCAAAUCUUAGGUUUGAAUCAAUCCUUGUGGGUUUCACCUAUGGAAUCACACUGAUUUACAUCUUCUGGAUAUCAGGUCUUUGACCUUUGAUUUACAUUUUCUGGAUAUCAGGUCUUUGACCUUUGAUUUACAUUUUCUGGAUAUCAGGUCUUUGACCCCACCAGUGAGGCCUACACACUGAUGAAACCAAAUGCUGCUCUGCCACGAACAGGCAUUCCUAUACUGUCCUAAUAGUCACAAGAAGCUACAGGGAGGGACUGCAGCCAUGGAGGGCAGCAAAAAUAGGAAAAGACUGUGCCCAGAGUUAUCACACUCUGCUGAAUGUACAGCCUAGCUGAGCUGGGGUGGAAGCUAGAAUGCUGAGUGAACUUCAAGGAUUCUUUCUGGCCAGAAAGGGACGGCUCAACAGAGCAGAGCCGAACCUGUGGAAGCCCACACUGUGUGCCCUUUGGGCUCUGAAGCUGUGCAACCUGCUUUUAACAAAGGGUACACCUUUUUUUUGGCAGCAUCCUUGGGCCCAACCUCAUUUACGCUCCCUCAUUCUUCCAGGCAGGACCUCUCCCCCUGCCAGCUCAAGUGUUGCGCUUGUACUUUCUCCUGUAAAUAGUUGUAAAUUGAAGAUGUAACAAAAACUGGGGAUAUGGAGCAUCUGAUAAGUAGCUCCUUGUGAUGAAUUCAAGUGCAGAGCCACUUUGCGCCUGUAAUGUGAAAUUCCUGUGGAUAGAACAAGCUAAUAAACACUGGCUUUGUUUUUGAAAA